CUCUAUUGUUUAUAACAAUGCGCGACGGGUUACAGAAUGAUGUCACGGAUGCGCCAGGAAGUGUUUGACCUGCCAGUGCCAAAUUUUAAUUAUGGAAAUAAUAGAAAGUCAAUGAAGUAUUUUUGGCAUGGACAACUUACAGGUCAAUGAAUGAAUGAAUGAAUGAAGGAUUUUGUGGUGUCUCCUGGGAUUUGCUCUUGGAACCACAGACAUGCUUCGUUGUAUCCUUAGACACCGUCUUCCGCUGAGGUUGUUGCAAGUGCGCUGUAUGAGUGUAGACCCCUUGCUUGAUCAGUUGGAGACUUGCACGGGUGAAGAUCAAGUUCUUCAGUUGGUCGGGAACAACAAAGCUAAGCUUUCAGUCACUCAUGUGGGUCGUGCAAUCAACCUACUGUGGCGGUUUCAGAAAGAGAAACCCACGAUGCUGAGAACUGUCGAUCACAUCAGGAGUCACCCUGAGUUUAUUGCCCUUCGGAUUUUAGCAGAAAAUAAAAUUGAUUUAAUGGAUGACAAUGACCUGGUAGAAACAUUGUACAACAUGAUAAGGUUUAACGUUGAGGACCACGAUUCUUUGGUGCAACAGCUGGUGGUUGAAGGUUGGAAGAGACUAGAAAAUUUGAACCCCAAAGCACUGUCAAAAUUUGCAGUUUGCCUCACAGAGCAACAUAUGAAUACAAGUCCAGUAACAGGGCAGAUAGCUAGCAUUGUGGACAGGAUACUGGAUGAUCUGGAAGAUGCAAGAAUCCUCUCCAGUUUAAUGGUCAGCGUGAGCUCGGUCAUCUCUCCGAGACUACGGGAUCGACUUAUAGAAAAAGCAGACUCUCUCGUCGAAACAUUGGACGUCUCUCACUUCAAUCACCUGCGGAGGAUUGUGCAGUUCCUCAGGAAUGUUAAAUACACACACAGGCCGCUGCUGGAAAAAUGCAAUCAAAAGUUAAUUCAAAGCAUUAGUCUAAUGGACCCAGAAAUCUUAUGUAUCAUUAUUGGCUUGUAUCAGUCUUUACAGUUCCACAACUCAGAGUUUCGAGUGUUGGCAAAGGCACGGUUGAUUGAGUCGAUGGACCAGUGCAGUGACACUGCUAGCUUUACAAAACUGUUUGCUACCCUAGGACCUAUGGCAGGACAAGAGACCAGAGAAAAACUUGAAGAAGAUGCCUUGAAAUUGGUUGAUAAAAUGAGCCCUCAGCAGAUUUUGGCUGUUCUUGGAACAAUGGAAGAAAUGGAAUGCAGAAACGCUCUCCUCAUACAGAAGAUUGCAUCACUCUUGCAUCGGUGUUUGAAUACCUAUAGACCGGUAGAGUUGGCUAAAGUAACACAAGCUUUGGUGGUGAUGCGCUGCCAAACCCCAGAAGUAUUUACACAGCUGCAGAAGCUUCUGAUAAGCCAUUUAAAAAACCGCUUCAUCCCGUGUGAUGUGGCAAUGUUGACCCGGGUCCUCACUAUACUGCCCUCUCCUAGAGUAGAUGAACAGAUCAUUUCUAAAGUGGAAUCUAUUCUGCCCCAAUGCAGCCUCAGUGACCUAAGCGCCUUAGCGCUUGCAAUCAUAAAAUGGGUGCGGACAGACAAGCUGUCUCAUUACAAUCCAUCGGUAGCAUACGGCGGCCUCCUAAAAGAAUUAAAUGCCUGCGGGCUUGAAAGAAUCCAGAAGAUAGACAACGUUGACCUUCUUCUGGAAGAACUGAAGUACAUGACCGGCGACUGGCUGGAAGAAGUGCUUUUGAAAGAAACUAUAAAUUCCUUUGAGCGGUUAUUAGAUCAGGUUACCUUCAGAAACGUGACGGAUAUUGCGCUGUUUAUUACACGAACCAACUGCCUUUGUACCCCUCUGCUUAACAAAAUCGCCUCUGUGACAGUGGAGAAUAUUGCCAAGAUCCAUUACUCUGCGAUGUAUGCAAUUCUGCUUCCUUUUAUUGUACUGAAUUACGAUCCUCCUCAAGGAGAGGAGUUCUUUGAAACAUGCAUUCAACAUUUCCUGCCUCACAUCAAUGCCAUAGACCCUCACCUUUUGGUGCUGAUCGGCUAUGCCUUGGCCGUUGCAGAAUAUUUUCCGGAGGAGCUAAUAAAAGCUUUAUUCAACAUCGAUUUCCUGAGCAGACUGGAUGCGCAGUUAGAAACCCUUCCGUCUGCGUUAAAUAUUAGGAUCCGGCUCCGGCUGAUGCAGUUAAAUCGUGCGGUGUGUCUCGAGUGCCCUGAAUACCAGAUCCCAUGGUUCCAUGAUCAGUACUGUCAGCAGGUUCAGCACCGAGUGAGCGGAAGCAUAAAUUCGGUGCAGAGGCAGAUCCACCAGUUUCUGGGAGAGAUUCUUGGAGGAUUAAACUAUGUUAAAGUAUCUGUGAUGACCCCUUACUAUCAUUCUAUAGAUUUUGAAUGCAUAUUGGAUAAAAAGAAAAGACCAAUUCCUUACAUGGACCAGCUUUCUGCUGAUUUGUCAAAGAUGCAAUGGGGACCAGAUAAUCAGUUAUUGGAAACAAAGUCCCUACCGCCUGGGGCUCAAAGAAUAGCAGUGGAGUUUCUUGAUUCAAAGGCAUUCUGCAAAAACUCUUCGCAUAUUAAAGGAGAAUAUGCCAUGAAGAAGAGGCAUCUGGAGAUUUUGGGUUACCAUGUAGUUCAGAUUUCUAGCUUGGAGUGGAACUCAAUGGAGCUGUCCACAAAAGAUGCCUGGAAGGACUACUUAAGGAAGAAACUAUUUGAUGACUUAUAAUGCUUUUUUAUAGAAUGUAUUUAUAUUUUAUUUUCAAUAAAAAUAUUUUUUCCAAAAUGA